GUUGGAACGUCUCCGCGACAGGCCGCCCCCCGCUCGGAGCACCGUACACACGCCGUUUUCAGUAUUGCCGCGUAAUACAUUGCACCAGGUCGCUAUCCGCCCGUCGACUCCGCUCCACCAGGCGCACGUGUGUUCACAGCGACGGCAAUAACAAUAAUAUUAUUGGCUAUUACCGUCCGUCGACAUUGUCUCAACGGUGUUGUCGUUCGAUAUUAUUGUUAUCGUAUACACUCCAACAACAACUCGAGUGGUGCCUACCCGUCUUGGAAAAUGGAAAACGUCCCUGUCGGCAGAGACGAUUUGUCGGUAUAAAACAUUGCGUACUGUCAUCAGCUGCUCUAUGAUAUAGGUACAUUUCGGUACAUAGUAAUAUAGUGUGUGAUUGCGAUCGACCGCUGAGAAGAAAAAUUUUAAAUUUAAAAGGGAGGAAAAAGGACCGAUUUUUCCGUCGUCGUCCGUCGUCGUCGCCCCGCGCACAGACGGUUUGUGCGUUCCCUCUUCGCGUGCCCCCCCCCGUCCUUCCCCAAUCGCAACGUUUUUUCAAAAGCUCCACUUUUUUUUUUGUUUGUUCCUAGUUUUUGUUUUUUAUUCGCACUUAAACGUUUCUGUUUGAUGUUCACACCGCGUACGGCCCGCGACUGCCUACCAUAGAAACAUUUCCGCGAAGGACUCGUAAACACCGCGCGCGAGUGUGUAUAUCACCACUACUUCCUUAACGCCGACACUCCUAUAUUCACUAUAAUAUUAUACUUGUGCGAAACUCGAACACCGCCACCGAGAAAACACGUCAUACGAUUCGGUACCUGAUUUAUAUGUAUGGUAAAGCAUUACCGCAAGCCCCCGUCGAAAAGGUCUAGAACUGCCCAUCGAGGAGUCGUCGCCGCCGCCGAGAUGGAUCAACCGGCCGCCGCUGAGUUGCAGACGAUGUGGAAAUCCCGAAAACUUUGGACGUCCAUCUUGCUGUUCGUAUUGCUGUUCAUCACACCAGGUUUUGCUUCGCCCAAGAGACCCUCUCAAAAUCCGGAACCGGAUCCGUUGCCGACAUUUGGUUCCCAAGGAAGAAGAUUCAGAGUGGUCACAAAUGACACCGUUGUCCUCCCGUGUGACGUUAUCAACCCGGGAGUAUUCAUUUUGGCGUGGAAAAAAGGAAUUGCGGUGCUAACAGCAGGAAGCACUAAGGUGUCUCCAGACGAAAGGAUACGUCUAGUGGACGGCAAUAACCUGGAAAUCCGUGAUAUUCAAACAAACGACGCAGGAAAUUACGUGUGCCAAAUAGCAACCAUGAAACCCAGGGAGAUAUCACAUACUGUCGAGAUAUUGGUUCCAUCACGAAUUAAAUCGGUGACGUCGGGAGGAAAUAUCGACACUAAAAAGGACUCUAUGAUUAAGUUGAACUGCGAAGCUGACGGAAAUCCUGUUCCCAAUAUAACUUGGACAAGAAAGAACAACGUAUUGCCAAAUGGCGAGAGAAAUGCAACUGGCGAUACAUACAUAAUUCAAUCGGCCACUCGUCACGAUGCUGGAUUGUACAUAUGUACAGCUUAUAACGACGUCGGACAACCUGCUGAACAAACUAUUACAGUUAACAUUCUAUAUCCUCCGGAGAUUGAAGUUGAACGCGUAUGGGUUCAUUCUGGUGAAGGAAACGAAGCACUGCUAGUUUGCAUUGUCAACGCUGAACCACAUGCCGAGGUAUCUUGGUAUAGAGAUACAUUGAAGUUGGACACGAACGAGCGUCGCAUAACUGAAGUUAGAGGAAGCAGACAUACCCUUAUAGUGAGAAAGGUGCAGGCCAGUGAUUUCGGAAAUUACAGCUGCGUGGCCGACAACGUCGUUGGAAAGAGUAGAGCUUACGUCGAACUUUCAGGAAAACCAAAUCCUGUGAAAAUAAAUAGCAACAAAAACGGACGGCACCAGAACAACUAUAAUAUAUCUUGGUCGGUGGACAGCUACACUCCCAUCGAAGAGUUUAAACUGUUCUACAGGAAAGUUCCGCUUCCAGACGAAUCACCCGCCGACACGCGAACUCAAUACCAAUGGCCGAAGAAGCCUCCAACUCGAAACGACAACGAGGGAUACGGAAACAGUCCGAUUUACGGUUACAACAGCAUGCGAAACGAAUGGAACGAUGUGAUCCUUCCAGCCGUCCCCAGCGAACAAUUCACUCACCGCAUGUCUUACAAUAUUCGUGGAUUGGACACCGCUUCUGAAUAUGAAGCCAAAGUCAUGGCCAAAAACCGAUUCGGCUGGACCCCAAUGUCCGAUGUAUUCAAAUUCGUCACCUCCGCCACACCAGAAAUCGAAUCGAAUCCAAAAUAUCAAGCAUCCUAUGGUAUUUCAAUGACAUCAAAUGCCGAAGCUCGCGAUCUUGGCUCAACUUCUUCAUACAAUGGAUUCACCAAACGCAGUUACAACGUCAUCAUAUUCGUCGUCUUCACCACCCUGUACUUUGCAUUUAACACCAUUGUUUAAAUCCCUAAAAACCCCACAAUCAUCGAAGCAGUGGCAUAAAUAUAUUGUAAUACAGGGCAAACAAAUAUUCCAUAAAGGGUAUUGCAUCUUUUUAACUUAAAUUUUUACAUUAUUUGCUUAAAAGUCAUCUCUAUAAAUUUCAACUGUGUAUCUUUUACUUUAAACGAUAAAAUAGGGGGGAGAGAAUGAGUGAAUAUGCCACUGCUUUUACCACUGCGGUUCAAUAGUAAACAAUAGGUAAAUUAUAAUUUAUCAUCCAAAAAAAUAAAAACACCUUAUUUAGAACGAUAGGAAACCCCUUUUAAUCAAAGUUUAUACAUUUGAAACUCCCGAUAAGUUUGAAUCAACUCCAUAGUUAAGAAUUAUAAAAAAAACACACACACACACAUUUCAAUUUAUAAUUGCAAAAAAUAAUGACGUAUCAUAGAUUAGAAUAUUUAACAAUCCAUUCAGUAAAAAUAAAAAUGGGCAUUAUUGGAAAAAACAAAUAUUUUAACUUUAAACUAUGAUAAUGUACACGGACACAUGUAUCUAGUCUCUUUAGUAUGAUUUUCUAAUUAGAGUUCAUAAAUAGUUAAGUUAAUGUCAAACAAUUCAGAGGAGUCGAUAAAAUUAUAAACUACGUGUUAAAAGCCACAGUUUUUUUUCUGUCAAAAAAAUGUAAUAUUAGAUAGAAUUUUUGAAUCAUUAUUGAAUGUCCCAACCUAAUUUACAAAUUGUUAUUCACAAAAACCUUCGAUAAUAUUGGUUCCCUAUCAUACAAAAAUAAUAACUAUGACGUUUUUACUAUACAAUUAAUUAGUUUGCUUACGUUAUGAA